AUGACGAUUAAAACAUCAACGAUGUCUCGUCGUGAUCAAUAUCCGGACUAUCAUGCAUCUCGUUAUACUCAAAAUACACAAUAUAACAAUAAUGCACAUGAUAAUAGCGAUUACAAUCAUCAUCACACACAUCACACUCGGCCAUUGCCGUCUCAAGCAUCCGAUGCCUAUUGUCAGCAAUAUUAUUCCACUCCAUCACCGGAUAUUCAUAGUUCAUCUUUAACGUCACCUCAACAACAAAGAAAUGAUAAUAAUGGAUCUGUGUCCAAAAAACAUAAAAAAAGUAAAAAGUCACAUCGUAGUGAUAAAAGUAAAAAUCGCGAAUAUGAUAGACAUUCAUCAUCAUCGUCGAGACACGUCAGAAAAAAACAUAAUAAUGAUGAAAGAUUAGUUGAUUCACAAUCGCCGGUGGCACCGUCAAAAAAACCAACAAAAAGGAAAAUAUCGGAAGGUAUAUCCAGUGAUAAUUAUCGUUAUCGUACCACCUCGAGUAGUCCCUCAAAACGUUCAUCUAAAAAGAAAAAACACAGUAGUCCAGUUCAAACAAGCUCCUCAUCAAGUCAUCGUUAUCAUUAUUUUUCUUCUUCGCAUCAUAGUCAACAUCGUUCUAGUAAAAAUCACCAACAUAAAGAUAAAGAUCGUUCAAAAUAUUCUUAUCGUCAUGGGUCAGCUUCGUCUGAUGGAUCUUCGAAUGGAAAUGAGACAAAUGGGGGAAGUGGAAAUAGUGGUGCCACUAGUCAUAAUACGAACACUGAAAAAACGUCAUUUACUUCUAAUGCCACACUUGGUUCUGAAUUACAAAAAAUUAGAAAUAAAACAACAUCAUCAGCAAGUAAUCGUAAAUCAACAACGUCAGCUAACACAAUCAAUGCGUCGUCAAUGACAUUGUUACAAUCAAUUAAAAGUACAACAGAAGUUAUCAGUGACGAAAGUGAUCCACAAAUAAAUGUUACAGGAUCAAAACAACAAAGAAUAAAUUCAAAUACAGAUAAACAACUUCACACAAGUAAUUCAUUUAUUCGAUCACCAACAUUUGAACAACAGCAAACUUAUAUUAAUUCGACUAAAAUGGACAAUACAAAUCAGAUUUUAAAUGAUGAGUCGUUGAAAAAAAACCAUAAACAACGAUUGUCAUCUUCCGGUCUUUUAAGUUUACCAUUACCAUCAGUAGAGAAGAAUGCUAACAAUCGCUCAUCAACAGAUACUUUGUCGAGUCAACAACGUAAGAAUCAAAAUUCUUCUUCGUCAUCUCGUUCAAGUGGACAAACAAAUUUGACACGAUUACCAAUGCCUCCCGAUUAUAAUUUAAAUACAACAACUGAUUCAUUAUCACCACCCAGUCCGGAAAAUUCUUCGCCACCAUUUUCACCUAUGAAUCAAUCAAAUUGGCCUGGAAAUCCACCAUUAACAGCAUCAAUUAAGACAACACCAAAUAUCGAUCGUACUACACGUAGACCUCGAAUUCUGCAACGUCGUGAAGAGAUGCGGAAAGACCAGUGGGGGGAUCGUAAUGUUGAUAUGUACGAAAUAUUAGCCAAAAUUGGUGAAGGAACAUAUGGCGAAGUAUUUAAAGCGAGAGAUAAACAAACCGGUGAAUUGUGUGCAUUAAAGAAAGUUCGUUUAGAAAAUGAAAAAGAAGGUUUUCCAAUAACAGCUGUUCGUGAAAUUCAAAUAUUACGCCAGUUAACACAUGAAAAUAUUGUUAAUUUAAAAGAAUUAGUUAUGGAUGCACGUACAAUAUCAGAUAUUCGAAAUGAUACAUCAUUUUAUUUAGUAUUUGAAUAUUGUGAUCAUGAUUUAUUUGGUAUAUUAGAUAGUGGUCUCAUUGAUUUAGAUUUAGAUCAUAUUGCAUCGUUUAUGAAACAAUUAAUGUCUGGUCUAUCUUAUUGCCAUCAACGAAAUUUUUUACAUCGCGAUAUUAAAUGUUCAAAUAUUCUAUUAAAUAAUAGAGGAAAAAUUAAAUUAGCUGAUUUCGGGCUAGCUCGAUUAUAUAAUGCUGAUGAUAAAGAAAGACCAUAUACAAAUAAAGUCAUAACACUAUGGUAUCGGCCACCAGAAUUAUUAUUAGGAGAAGAAAGAUAUGGACCAGCUAUUGAUAUUUGGAGUUGUGGUUGUAUAUUAGGCGAAUUGUUUCAUCGUCGUCCAAUAUUUCAAGCUCAACGUGAAGAAGAACAGUUAGAGUUAAUCUCAAGAUUAUGUGGUUCUCCGACGCCAGCUGUAUGGCCUGAUGUUAUCCAUUUACCAUUAUUUCAAACAUUAAAACAACGAAAAACAUAUAGAAGACGUUUACGUGAAGAAUUUGUAACUAUUCCGGAAUCAGCACUUGAUUUAUUUGAUCGAAUGCUUGAAUUAGAUCCGAGUAAACGAAUAAGUGCAUCGGAUGCCCUCUUAUCAACAUGGCUAAAAGAUAUUACACCAGACAACGUUCGACCACCACCAUUGCCAGUAACUCAAGACUGUCAUGAAAUGUGGAGUAAAGAACAUAAACGAUUACGUCGACGUGGAUGGACAGAACAACAAAUUGAAACACAUUUUAAAGAACGAGAAGUAUUGGAAUAUGAACGAUAUAAUCGUACUGUUACAGAUAUGCAGAUGGAUAGUCCCGAUUCUCAACAUCAAAAUGAUUCAAUUAAUGAAAGGUAAUUGUUUGAGAAAUUAUGCUCUCAUCCGAUCAAUUCAGUUGAUUUUACCUUUUUCAACGAUACCUAUUCUUCUGUAAAGAUAAAGUUUUUGUACAGAUUUUUUUUCAAACGACCAAACAGAUGUUUUUUUUCCAAAAAAUUUUUCUCAUUUUUGCUUCGUAUUAUUUUGCCCAGAUGGGCGCACUUCAUUUAUAUCACAAGAACGAAUAUGUAAC